CAUACUGCUAUGAGUUCCUAGAGCCUGGGAUGCUAGACGAUGAGGGGGAUACAAACAAUCCGGACCUUAAGAUUGUCUUCUUCACUUAUGCAGUCAUUGAUCAGACGAGUUACUACGUGUGUCUGAACAAGAGAUUUAUGUAUUGUUUCCAGGAGCCUGAAGUAGGCGAAAGUGACAAAAACUACACCAUUGAUUACGAAAUUAACUACCUGAAGAUCACAAAGGUGCUCAAAUCAACCAAAAAGAAAAGACUGCUGAAGAUAUAUCAUCGAGAUCAUAAGAAAUGUGAGCUGAAUCCUCUAGUUUUAAAGAUAGAGGAUCGUGGGCAAUUCAUCUUGAAUCUAGCUUGAUACUGGGAGACUUGCCAGAUGGUCCAAAAUAACAGCCAUAGAGAUCUACCAGUGCAUGAGAUGGAUAAGAAGGUGGCUGCUAAAAAAGAAGAUGAAUUUAAAAUCAACAAUGAUGUCUACACCAUCCAGAACCACAGUAUCUUCCAAUGGAUGAUGAAGAACAGGAAUCAUUAUGAUCUCCAGAAGACAGACAAGUACCUGUUAUAUAAUCAGGUUGAAGGUGGUCACGAAAGCGGCCUUCUAGAAAAGCAGAUCAUGAUACAGAUCUCUGAUCCUGAUUACCAAGUUGAACUCUUACCACAUUUUAACAUGAACAGGGAUAAUCUUGAGGAAUUUGCAUGGAAUUUUACAGAGAGAAUAGUUGGGUCAGAGAACUAUGGUUCUAUAAUUGAGAUUUACAGGUCAGACCCUUAUUUCAAAAAGAAGAAUCUAUCUUCUGACCAAGCUGAAUGGAGUGGAUGGGAAAUUCAUGCAAAAGCAAAUGGUGCGAAUUAUUUCAUUACGAUCGAAAGAAGGAAGUAUAUUCCUCCUUCUAUGUCCAAUUUCUGAGAUUUCAUCCUUCAAACUAAGGUUAAAGUAGCAAAUUCAAACUCAAUGGAAGGGAAAGAGAUCCUUUCAGAAACACUGAAAGAACACCAGUUGUUAAUAGAUUCUUUAGAACCUCUGAGUCCUAUCAGCAAGAUCUACAGAACAAUUGUACAGGAAAAGAUUAAUUCCUUCUUGUUUGAUAGCGAUUCUCUCAAUUUCGUGAGGUACCAACUGGGCAUCAAGCCAUAUUUGAAAGACUUAGGAGAGAUCACGAAGCUAUACGUGGAUUGUAUCAUAAGUAAAGUUAUCAAGGUCAAGAACUACGAUAAUUUCAAGCCAUUUAAAAGGGCGUUUAAGAAAGAAAUCAUGAAAAAUCCAAUUAUUAACGCAAAGAAGCCAUCUGAUUUUAGGAAAGCUCUUCAAGAAAAGAUUAAGAAAUCACUCCAACUUCGUAAGCGAAGAAUGAUUGCUGAAGAUAGCCAUACAGGCAUGUCCCAAGGAUCUGGCCAAAACGAUCAAGAGAUGAUUCAGAAUAUUUGGGACUCUAAGGUUGCUGCAUAUCUUGCAUACUGUGUUGAUGGAGGAUACUAUCAAUCCAAAUUUACACUCUUUACACUUAUUGAAGCAGGGAAGAAAGCUUAUGAUGAAACAGGAAGUAGUGGAGCUGUAUUUUCACAAGAGCUAGCAUAUCUCCUUGAUGUAAGAAACAAAGGAGCUAGUGUUGGAGGUGGUAGUAAUCCUGCCCUCAUAACAGUACUCAAGACACUGAGAGAAGUCUCUGGAGAUUAUACCUUCAAUGAACAGGUGAUGUCGGCUAUCCUAGAGACUAAUUAUGCAGAGUUAGUGUUUGAGAAGGAAGGAGAUACCUCAUUCUAUAGCUUCAUCAGGUUCCUUCUUGAAACAACUUAUUUCUCAGAUGAAGUUCAAAUGUGUAUCUGAAGAGUUAUCAUUAAGUUAUUUUCUGAAAACGACCCUAAAAAGAUGGGAGCAUUUAUUCAAGAUGAGUCGAAGAGGAUUUCAGCUCAACAAGUUGUCAAACCUUUGAUUGACUGAUACAUUAAUGGAAGGAGAGCUCUCAAAGAAGUAGCAUGAAUUGCUUUGUUUAAUAUGGGGUUGUCUGACAAAGAGUACAUAGAAGUCAUGGUGAGUAAUGACUUUCAUGACGAUCUCAUCGAUACAUUGAAGACUGCUCACCAUCCUCUUCUCUUUAAAUCUCUGAAGUGUCUCAGAGCAAUUUUCUCUUUGUACAAGAAUCUCCCAGUCUUAUUAGGGAACAUCAAUAGAUUAUUUGACCAUCUAAAAGUUGUUGUGAGACAAGAUGAGGAAAAGGAUGAGUUCCUUUAUUGCAUUGAGAUCAGAGACAUGAUUUUCCAGAAUGUUUUCAUCAUCUUAAAGGAUUACAACCCUGACGAUAUCUCUAAAAGAGAAAACGCUUUGAAGGAUAUCGAGGAAUUCGUUAUCUAUGCUUGCAGAGAGAUAGUUUUCUUGUUCCAAGACUAUGAACCGGAUGAGGAAGUUAAGGAUAAUCUUAGUUUAACCUCUCAGCAUCGAGACUUCAACAUCAGGCUUGUGGCUGUCGAGCAAAACUAUUGUCAAACUCUCAUUUCUCUCUGUAUCCAGUACUGCUGUGACGAUCUCAAAAUUAAUGAUAGGAAGAACAUGAUUCUGAAAGAGCUAGGAAGCUUUAUUAUCGAGAAAAUGUACUUCCAGACCCUCCAAGCUUUUAUUUAUGAGGAUCAACACAAGGAAAUGGGUGAGGAAGAGAAAGAUUCCCUAGCACCUGAAGGAAAACUCUCUUUUGAAUCAUGGAGAUCUGGCUGUAUUGGGGACACAGAGAUAGAAUACAAAUUGAUGAGACUGCUCAAAAUUCUCCUGGAAAACAACUCUAAUGGUAUAAAUGACUUUAACAAGAGAGUCAGUGAUACUGAUCUGAAGGUCAAAAAGGUAGCCUUCCCAAAUGCAAAGGAGUUCUUAUCAACAUAUGUGAGUAAUUGCCCGGUCAAAAGGAUUUGUAGCAAGAUUAAUGAUAUCAUAAAUGAGUUAUUAUAA